AUGGCCCCAACAAGGAAAAAAAGUGUGAAUAAGCGAUUUCUGAAUGAGGUCUCGCCUGAAAAAGAAGCCAAGAGUUCAAGCAAAAAUAAACAGCAGGCGAAUGGGGUGAGAAUCGGCUUUGUUUUUGGUGUACUUACCCCAAAGAAGAAAUUGUCUGAUAAAUUAGGACCUCAAUGGAGCAAGGCAGAACUUCAAAGAUUUUAUAAAGCAUAUCGGGACAAUGGAAAGAACUGGAAGAAAGUUGCUGCUGAAGUGCGCAACAGAUCUGUAGAAAUGGUGGAUGCCCUUUACAAUAUGAAUCGGGCAUACUUGUCACUUCCAGAGGGAACGGCUUCUGUUAUUGGGCUUAUAGCUAUGAUGACUGAUCACUACAGUGUCCUGCAAAAGCUAAUUGCAUGGGUCCGGAAUGUGAACUUGCAGGAAGCAAGUGAGAGUGACCAAGAAAGCGAUGAGGUACCUGGAGUGCUCAGGAAACUUCAGAAACGUAAGCGGCCAAGAGCACAGCUUAGUGCAUCAAAAGAAGAUAUCCAGCAGUCUGAAAUGGUUGCAUCAAAUGACGGAUGCUUAUCAUUAUUGAAAAGAGGAUAUGGCCGUCCACUUCAUGCAGUUGGGAAAAGGACACCUCGCUUUCCUGUUUCACAUCUGCACAAGAAAGAUGGGGAAAAUUAUGUUUCACCGAAGAAGAAGCGCAGAAAGUCAGAGAUCAAUGCUGAUGAUAAUGAUGAUGAACAUGUUGCUGCACUGGCAUUAACUGAGGCAUUGCAGAGAGGAGACUCUCCCCAAGCAUCUCAAACACCCCGUAGAAGAACAGAACAUAUGAAAUCAUCACCUGUUCAAAGCUGGGAUAGGAUGUCCGAAUCAUCACCGGCAAAUCUUCGUGAUGCUUCCUUAUAUGAAAACUGGUCUGAAAGUGGGAUAGGACGUGGAGGGCCUGAUCUUGCUUAUGCAAGGGAUGCAAGCUCCUUGGCAGAAAUGGAAGGUAUAGGUACUGUAGAAGUUCAUCGAAAAGGCAAGAAGUUUUAUGGAAAGAAAGUAAAAGUUGAGAAGGUUGGAAACAAUCAGUCUGAUGAUGAUGGAGAAGCAUGUAGUGGCACUGAAGAAGAACAAAAGGUCAGUACUUGGAAGGGAAAAGUCGACAUUGAGAUGUCAAAGGCAAAAAUUGAUGAGACUUCUCAUCGGGUCCAAAGGAAGAGAAGCAAGAAACUUUUCUCAGACGUUUCAUUUUCUUCUGAAGUUGUGAAGUUGGAAAUCCUUUGCCCUUAUAGUGGAGCAAACUUUGUGCCAUAUCUCCUAAGAAUUGUCAAUCUUCUCUCAGAUGACAAACUAAUGUACAGAGAGGAUGAUGCUUAUAGUGGAGACUAUGGAGCUCUAUUUAUAGUAAAUGCUUGGGCCAUGUCCCCAGUAUUUGGACUCUAUUGGAGGUUUAUCAUUUGGGGUUUCCCAGACAGAUUUCUAAUGGGUUUGGGCUUAGAUGAACAUACUGACUUGAUUGGUCUUCAAACAUUGGCUCUUGUUUCUGCAAUGGAAUUUGAAUCAUCUGCCCAGUUGGAUGAAGAACGAACCAUGCAAACUGGGGAAGACAAGUGUAGUGUGCCUGAAUCUGCAUCUACUAGCCAUCAUAGAGAUAAAACUAAACCCUCAAGGAAGAAAGAAAAGGCAAUAAGUGUAGUUGAGGGUACAACCUCAAGAAAAUCUAAGCUUGGAAGGUACCAAAUAAUUUCUGCUAGACCUCUCUCUGAAGCAAAUAAACGGCCUCAGUCCAUCAGCAAUGAUAUGCUGAAAAGAAAACGUGAGGCUGUGGUAUCAAAGGUUUUGGAUGAAGAGGAGAAUACAUCUGUGGUUAAAGGAAAACGUGGUGGUCAAAAUUCUCCUCCUUCAAAACAAUUAAAAUCAUUAGAAUUGCCAGAGGGUUCUUCUUUCAGUGGUGAUCAUAAAACUGUAGCAAAUGAUAUAGCAGUGUCAGCUGCACAAGUUCCGGUUGCAAGCCAAGUUCUCUUACCAACCAGAAAAAGAAGCAGACGCAAGAUGGAUCUAAAGAGAGCAAUGAUACCAAAAGAGGGGAGAUCUUCUGUGAACAUUCUGAAAAACCAAAUUAGUACCCAUCUAAAGGACAAGCUUUCUUGUAGUCUAUCAUCUCCUAUGGCUCGUAGAUGGUGUACAUUUGAAUGGUUUUAUAGUGCAGUUGACUACCCUUGGUUUGCAAAAAGGGAGUUUGUGGAAUAUUUAAAUCAUGUUGGACUUGGGCACAUUCCAAGACUGACUCGCGUGGAAUGGGGAGUCAUAAGAAGUUCUCUUGGCAAACCUCGGAGGUUUUCUGAACGUUUUCUACAUGAAGAACGAGAAAAACUCCACCAGUAUAGAGAAUCUGUGAGAAAACACUAUAUGGAGCUUCGUACAGGUUUAAGGGAAGGACUUCCUACAGAUUUAGCAAGACCUUUAUCAGUUGGCCAGCGAGUAAUUGCUAUUCAUCCCAAAACAAGAGAACUUCAUGAUGGAAGUGUACUCACAGUGGAUCAUGACCGGUGCAGGGUUCAGUUUGACCGUGCUGAGUUAGGAGUUGAAUUUGUUAAGAAGUUUGUUGUGAUGCCAAUAGAAGUCUCGUGGACUGAAAAAUCAGUGGUUGCAGCCCAUAACAUGGGUCGUAGUGGCUCUGCUGCAAGCCACUGGUUACCACAAUUUCUUGUCAGUGCGUAUUGGGAUAUAGAUUGCAUGCCUUUAAAUCCGCUGGAUAACAUGCCAGAAGCUCUUAGGAGACAGAGAAUCUCUGUUCUGCCCAAGGAACUGCUAGUGAAUGGGGAGUCAAACAUUGGAGAGUUCACUGCAAAUGAACAUCUAAGGAAUGCACCGAGUCCCAUGAAUGCUUUGGUUGAGGCAAAUUGUGCCAUCCCUCUUGCCAAGGCAGCAUCUACUGACAUUGUUAAUGCACAAGGAGCCUGUAGUCAACCUUCUUUGGUAGCGCAGAUCCAACCGAAGGAAUCCGAUAUACGAGCGCUAUCUGAGCUGAAUCGUGCUCUGGAUAGAAAGGAAGCAUGGUUGAUGGAGCUUAAGAACACAAAUAAUUACAUAAUGGAAAACCCAAAAUUUGGAGAUAACUCUCUAAAAGAUUCUGAACCUUUGAAGAAGCACUUGGCCACAGCUUCUUCUGCUUUACUCAAUUUGAGGCAACAUAAUACUUAUCCCGGAAACAACCUGCCUGCUUGGCUGAAACCCUCAGCCAAUUCCUGUUUCUCUGGCAUGCAAAGACCUCAUGAUAGUUCUAUUGUUUCUCAAGAAUCAGGAUCUGCUGUACUUGAGAUUGUCAGAGGCUCGAGAUUAAAGGCACAUACUAUGGUAGAUGCUGCUGUCCAGUAUUCUGGACUCGCUCAUGCUCAACUCCUCUCAGAUACUUCUCUGGAGGCAAUUUCAUCCAUUAAAGAAGGGGAGGAUGCUUUUGGGAGAAUUGGAGAGGCUUUAGAUUCUAUUGAUAGAAGGCCUCUGGGGUCAGAAUCUAGAGUACAAAUGAACAGGUCCCCAGAGGAGGCCAAUGGUGGUUUUCGUCUUCAAAAUCAGUUGAUUCCCAGCACGCCAGAGCCUCAGGUUAACAGUAACGCAUCUGGGCCUCAAUCAAAUGAUUCUGACAAAAUUGAGACAGCAAUUCCUUCGGAGCUCAUAUCAUCAUGUGUCGCUACUUUGCUCAUGAUACAGACAUGCACCGAACGACAGUAUCCCCCAUCUGAUGUGGCUCAGAUAAUUGAUUCUGCCGUUACUAGCUUGCAUCCCUGCUGCCCGCAAAAUCUGCCGAUAUAUAGAGAGAUACAAAUGUGCAUGGGAAGAAUCAAGACUCAAAUACUAGCUCUAAUACCAACAUGA